AGGCGAAGGAAAGAAAACAGCAGGACAGCGCAAAGAAGAAGUUACAGACAAAGAGGGAGGACUCCGAUGAGAAGAUGUGAUGAGAGUCGAGUCGAGGAACACGUGGAGUCUUAUUGAUAAAAGAGUGCGCUGAUUCAGAACAACAGAAGCACAGUUUCUAAAGAGAUUCAAGACAUGGCAGGAUUAGAGAUCAGCUGUGCAAAGAUGAACUAACAUGUCAGAGCUGGUCACACGCGUUCUCCAGGGUUUCUCAACAGAACAUCAUGGAAAACCCGAGUUCACAGAAGAGCUGGAAGUUGUUGCGGGACUCUCUGCUGCUGUGCUUCUUUGCUGGCCGUGGAGACGCUCAGUGUGACCGCUGUAUUGAGUAUUGCUGUGAUGGGGUUCCUCCGUUCUGCUGCUCUUACUAUGCGUAUGUGGGAGACGUGCUCUCGGGAACGGCGAUCUCCGGGAUCGUGUUUGGCGUGGUGUUUCUGAUGGGUGCCGUGGCCGCUAUCUUCCUGUGCAUCUGUAUGUGUGUGAAGAACAGCCGCGGGGCGAGAGUGGGCGUCUUCGGCUCGUCGUACAUCAACACCGUGACUCAGAGCUACCCAGGUCCUCCUCCUCCUUACAGCUUUGAUUAUGAGAUGUAUCCUCCGAAUCUACGGCCGCCUCCAUACACUCCCACUCCACCCAGAGACUCAGACUACUCUCCACCUCCACCCUAUCCAGGCUACAGCCACAAAUGAGCCUCCGUCUGUGUGUGUGUGUGUGUGUGUGAUUCUGAGAGGACACACAAAAUAUGCCAGACUGGUGCUUAAAGCAGGGGUUUUCAUUCACUCGACCAGCACAAAGAUGAGUCUUACCCAAGGAUUGGAAUAUUUUUAUUGAUGACGUGGACAUUUAUGGUCUCAGAAACACUUAUAGACCUUCCUUAUUAGGCAACAUGAGACCAGGACAACUCCGAAAUAUAAAUAUGUUUUCUUGUGAUGCAGUUUGUUGAAGAUCAGUGUUAUUUCUUUAAUUGUCGAAUGGAAGAACAGUGAAAUUAAACUGUUAAUAUGGGAGUAAACGUCAUGUGUGUUGUGCAGAGUAACAUUAUUUGUGUCCCUGGAGCACAAAAGCAGACUGAAGGAGCACAGAUAUAUUUUUAUCAAUAGCCAAAAAAAACAUUGCACGGGUUAAAAUCAUCGAUUUUUCUUUUAUGCCAAAAAUCAUUAGGA